AUGGAGAAUUACGAAAAGCUAUUCGAAAGCAUGAAGCUGGAAGAUGACAACGCAUAUGAAAUAAUAAAAAAAUGUGAUGAAAAAAAAUUAAAAAAAAUUCUGUACAAAUCGAUACAUGACCCCAACGUAAUGCCAAGUUAUUCGACCUUCAAUUUGAGGGGAAAACGAUACAACAUAUCUAACGUGUCUGGGGAGUCCAUCAAAAAAAUAGAGAAACAAAAAAAAGUGAAAGAAUUACAAAUAAGCUAUGAAAAAAAACUCCUAAAAAAAGGAGAAAAAAAUCAAAUGAUACCUUCAUUAAAUGAAAUAAAAAAAGUUAACCCAACUUUAUUAACACCGACGUUGAUUACAUAUAUGAUAAUGCUGUGGAGGUUAUUCAUUCCAAACCUGUGCCAGUAA